AUGUUGCAGAGCCCCGCCACGACGAUGCAUCGCGCCCCGACAGCCCCGGGCCCCGCGCCCUGCCGGCGCCCGGUCCUGCGACGCUCCGCGCUGCACGGCAGCCGCAGAGCGCGCGCGUGCGGCCCGCGGCGGCCCCGCAUGUCCCCCGCGCGCGCCUCCCCGCAGCAGAGCUCCUCAUGCGAGUGCUGCGAACGCAUCCUGCGCUACACCGACGGCACCGUCCGAACCAUCCGCUACCCCUGCCCGGACAAGGACAGCUCGCCGGAGCCCCGCGCGCGCGCGUCGCUGCCGCCGGGCGUGGGCGGCGACGGGGCCUCGGCAGCGCAGACCAUGCGCCGAAUGCCGCGCCCCUCGUGGCCGGCCGGAGACGUCGCCGGGGGCUCCGCGACCCCGACGGCGGGGCGCGACACCACGGCUGCGAGCGCGCCCGCGAGCGCCGCGCCCGAGGCGAAGCCCGCCUGGAACGCGGCGGCCGAGUUCCUGAGCUACGUCGGCACUGACGAGUACAAGGAGGCGCGCAGGGCCGAGUGGCGCAAGGUGCGCGCCUCGUAUGAGGUGUGCAACGGGUGCCCGUUCGUGAUGACGAAGCCGCUGUACGUGCUCUCGGUCGGGAGGUCGGCGCAGGACGCAGACUACGGUCGGGGGUACACCAUCAGGACGGAGGUCGCGGACACGAACGAGCAGGCGGACGAGAUGGCGCGCGUGCUCCAGCUCAAGAACCAGAAGGAGGGCGAGGCGCCCAUCCUGCGGGUGCGAAGGAUGCUGGACGGGCUCGUGGUGUUCGAGGGCGAGGACGACGCGCAGCAGUUCGCCGAGUACCUCGAGGACGACGGCCACCUCGACGUCGCGGUCGCCAGCGUCGAUGCGCACGAGCUGUUCCGCAUGACGAACGACGUCAAGGCUGUCGUCGUCCUGUUCCGCGAGGGCAACUACAUUCCGAGCAUCUCGCAGCUGACGGUGGCCCUGAACGGGGGGAGAACGAACAACCCGCUGGAAACGUCGUCGUUCGACGACAUCUGA